AUGACAAUGAAACAUGAUAAAUUAAAACAAUAUUCAAUAAAAAGAAUGGAAAAUGUACCGAAACGUCUUAGAAAAGAAGGAUUCUGUCCAAUACUAAAGAAAUUAUCUGAGAUGGCAGAUGACAUUUCAUUUGACUAUGGUAUUGACAGAUCAAUACGCCAUUUUGCAUGUUCAUGGCAACAAGAAUAUUUUGUUGACAUGCCACAAUCAAUUGGACAAGCUGCCGCGGGUAUUUUGUUAGAAGGUGAAAAACUUGGUCAUAGUAAUGAAGCUCAAUGGAUAGCAAAUUAUUUACUGGAAGACAAAUAUAAAAGUAAACAAGAAAUUGUUGAGCGUUGUAUAGCGUUACAUACUCGAAAAAGUUUUCUAUACAAACUAUUGAACAAAACAUUACGAGAUGAUGAUUUAGAUAAACGUGAAACAUUGGGUACAUUUGCUCAUUUAUUAGGAUACGAAGGAUUAUUUAAUUUACCUGAUGUCUGUCGCUAUUCAAAAACUGUUUUUAGAGCAAUGAAUUUAAGUAUUGGCCAAGUGGACCACAUAACUCAUACAGUUUUGGAGAAAGCAGCUGAUGCCCAGAAGCGAUUUCAUUUCUUAUGA